GCGAACCAAUUUUAUCAAACUCAUACUAUUGUUUGCAUGAAAUUAGCAGUAAUGGCUCCUACUUCUACUGCAUCUUAUUUCAGUGCUGUCUUUGUUUUCCUUGUUGCUUUUAAUUUCCUCAGCUUUCAUUUCAUGACUGCUUCUGGUCAAGCAGCCAACGACAGUGACUUCCUAGAGUUUAUGUUGAACUUGGAAUAUUUGGACGGUGAGUUUUACUCAUACGGUGUUUUUGGCAAUGACCUCGAUAGUAUCUCCCCAAACUUGUCCCAAGGGGGCCCGCGUCCUAUUGGUGGUCAGAAGGCCAAUCUCGAACCCCUUGUGACUGAAAUAAUCAAGGAAUUUGCUUAUGAACAAGUUGGUCAUAUCAGAGCAAUCACUCAGGCAACAGGCGGGUUCCCAAGGCCUCUUAUAAACCUCAGCCGUGCGCUUUUCUCACUAGUUGUUGACCUAGCACUGGGUUACCCAUUGCUCCCUCGAUUUGACCCCUACGCAAACACAGUCAAUUAUCUUAUAGCAGCGCAAGCACUGAAUUAUGAUGGUCUAGUGGGUUAUGUUUACAUCAAUGCAAACCUCAACGCCGAUGCUGCUAACAGAUUGGGUGCAUCGCUUUUGGGUAUGAAGGCUGGACAAAAUGCAGUGCUACGUGCAUUACUGUAUGAGAGAGCGAAUCAGACGGUGGCUCCGUACAAUUUCACGGUGGCUUAUAUCGUCAGCCGAAUUGCUGAAUUGGGGAACAAGGUGACCAGGGGUGGCCUCGAAGAAGGCAUCAUAGUACCCAUCACGCUUGGGGCUGAGAAUCGAACGGUCACGAAUGUCCUAUCAGCGGACACGAACUCGCUGUCCUAUGCAAGGACGCCACCAGAGAUCUUGAGGAUUCUGUAUGGAACAGGAAAUGAAUACGUGCCUGGCGGCUUUUUCCCUGCAAAAGCAAAUGGCCAAAUUGCACGUACUCUAGUCAUAUAAGCAAAAGCACAAUAAUCAGAGCUGUGGGUUUAUACUCAAUAACAAAUAAACGCCGGUUCAUGUAACUGCGUCCAAAUGCAUCCAACUAAAUACACACACGUAUAUAUGUGUGUAUUUACAAUUUAAGAGAUGUAUUCGACCAUGAAUCUUAAAUAAAAAAAAAAAAAAUAUAUAUAUAUAUAAUGAUAUUAAAUUAACAAGGUCUUGAUUGAUUAUGUUUAUUCAGCUCUCUUACUACACCGAAUAUAAGCUAUUUUCUAAGGACCCUUUUUCUUAUUAAAAAUUAGAAUUCGUCGCAAUAGAGCUUCAGCGGCCAAUAUUGUUCCCCGCUCUUGUUGGUUGGAUACCUGUUUCAAUAAAGCUUAUCUAUUUCGCUGUAGCCGUAUGGCCAACCAGGCUCACAAAACACAAGCAUUAAGGGCGUGUUUACCAAACCUGAAUGGAGGUGGAAGAAAGGGAAUUGAAUUCCUCUCCAAGUGAUUCCGGCGUUUACCAAACUUUGGGAACGAAAAAAUUAAUGAACUCCACCCAAAAUCGCUAAUCGUAUUCCUAAUAUCCCCAGAAUUCAAACACUAACUUGAAGGUGGUAAUUGAAUUCCAAAAGAAAGCCAACAUCAGAAAUCAAACUUCUCUACCGAAAUUGCCCUGCCCUUCCCAUCUGCCUCCCACAAUUCAACCACCCAAAGCACACCCAUCCCCACCCUUAACCACGCAGACCACCGCACCACGCAGAUCCAAAUUCGGAUGGGGAAUGAGAGAUGCAGAUGAGUAUAGAUUAAAAAAAAACCUUGUGACUUACCCACUGCGGAUCGAAUUUCGAUUGCCGACGUUUUUACAAAGAGCAUAAUAUAAAGCAUUGAGCGGGUGGCAAAUGGUUGAGAAAUCCUAGAUUGGCCGCAGGCAAGGAGUUCAUGAUUUACCACCAAAAGGAGAUCUUCAGGCUGAUAGGAACCCCUGACAAGGUUAGGAUGGGCAAGAGUUGGUGCUUGGGGAUGAUCGCAAAAACAAUAUGCGGAUGCAGACGGGGAGAGUAGAGAGAGUCGUGGUGGAACCGUAACGGUUCCCGUACCUUCCUUUUUUUUUUUUUUUUUUUUUGAGUUUUUUACUUCGUUUCCUUGUUGAAUUAGGUUUUUAGUCUUUAAGAAAUAAAAAAAUGUUCAAGUUUUAUUAAAAAUAAAUAUAUGAGAAUUGUUAAGAUUUUAAUAAAACUAUGUGUGUGUGUGUGUGAAAUUUUAUUAAAAAGUUACGAAUUUUUCUAUUAUUAAGAUUAAGGGUAUUUUAGUAAUCAUAUUAAUUUUCAUUCCGAUUCAAGUGAACUGGUAAACAACUUAUAUCAUUUCAACUCCGAUUCUAGGACAUUAUAGUAAACAACUUUGACAAGAAUUCGAGUUUGAAUCCUCCCCAUUCCAAUUCCCUCUCAAUUCAAUUCUUCUUAUUUUGAUUACGGAUUAGUAAACGAGCCAUAAGACACCAUAUG